UCAGCACACCUAAAUAAAAAAUGCUGGGAAGGCCUGCGCGGGGUCAGGCGCCUCCCUGCGGAUCUCCAAAAGGGAUUCUGGGAGCAAUUUGUUUCCAGGAUCGUUGCAGGGACGGCACCGACGUUGCCCAGAAAAUGUCAGCGUUACCAGAGGAAAAGGAGAGAAGAGCACGGCACCGCAGCUCGGCGGGAACUCCUGGGGUUGCCCUCGUGACAAACCACCAGACCAUGAAAGGUGUCUACUGCAAGUGAAUUUAAAGAUAAAUAAUCGUAAAAGAGGGAAAAGGCAUGAGAAUUUAUAAAAAAAAAGCUUUCAGUCUUCUGUAACCUGCGCUGUGCUGAUGGACUAGUCUAGAGGUAAAACUGAACUGUGCUGUUUUUCAAAGUAUUACCAAUGAGGUGUCAUGAAACAGCAAGCCUUGGCGUUUCUAAAAUGGUUUCCCACUGAUCAGGGCAAACAACGGAUAGGCCAGCAGGCCAAAGGAGUUGUUUUGGCAGGAGCAGCCGUCUCUGAUUUGUCAUCCUUUCUCUGAAGCUUCCUGGCCCUUUACCUUUCACGGGCUGGAUGUGCAGUCGCCUUCUGAUGGGUACUUCCACGUGGAGGAAUCCAGGAAAUACAAUGCCCUUGUAAGCUGCGUAUGACCUGCUCUGUCGAAGACUGAUUCUCCUUCCAGCUGUGCGUGGGAACCCACAAUGAAACAGAGUUUUGCUUUUGACAACAUGGGCUACGAGGAGAGCUUUGAAACGGUGCCCUCUUCAUCUUCCCAAACCCACACUGUUGCAAUCAAUGUUCUGGGCAUGACUUGCCAGUCUUGUGUGCAGUCAAUAGAAGGUCAAAUUUCCAAGGUGAAAGGUGUUGUGAGCAUUAAAGUCUCCCUCGAGCAGAACAGUGCGGUAAUCAAGUAUGUAGAGUCAGAAGUAAGUCCUGAACAGAUUUGCCAGGAAAUUCAGGAUAUGGGCUUUGAUGCGAACAUAGCAGAAGAGAGAUCAACACCGUCGUCCUUAAGUGUGCCGUGCUCAAGAGAGGCAGUAAUUAAGCUUCGGAUAGAAGGCAUGACAUGCCAGUCCUGUGUCAGCAGCAUCGAGGGGAACAUGAGGAAACUGAACGGUGUGGUAAGAAUCAAGGUGUCACUUGGUAACCAGGAAGCAAUUAUUGCUUACUAUCCUUACAUCAUUCAGCCCAAAGACCUCAAGAGCCAUAUCAGUAACCUGGGAUAUGACUGCACCAUUAAGAGUAAAUCAGCCCCUUUGAAGCUUGAUAUGCUUGAUGUAGGACGCCUGCAGAAUACAACCACCCAGACAACCGCAGCGUGUCAAGACAGCGGUGGGGUGGUCCCACUGGCUGUCCAGAUGAGCAGCACAGCUACAGUACAAAUAGAAGGCAUGCACUGCAAGUCUUGCGUCAGAAAUAUCGAAGGAAAUAUAGCGGCUCUCCCAGGCGUACAAAGCAUUAAGGUGUCUUUGGAGCAAAAGCGUGCUGUAGUACAGUAUAGCCCCAAUUUAAUUACCCUGUCAUCUUUGCAGCAAGCUAUUGAGUCUCUUCCACCUGGAAACUUUAAAGUAUGCCUCCUUAGCAGUUCAGAAGCAAAUAGCAGAGCAUCUUUGUCACCUGCUUUGCUCUGUGAUCUCUUCAGAGAGCAGCUAACAGAUACAACAUGCACAGCUGUUAUUAGGAUUGACGGAAUGACCUGCAAUUCUUGCGUGCAGUCCAUAGAAGGGAUGAUAUCACAGAGAAAAGGAGUGCAACAUAUAGCAGUUUCUCUAGCUGAAAAGACUGGCACCAUAUGUUAUGAUUCAACUGUAACUAAUGGAGAAGAAUUAAGAGCUGCCAUAGAAGACAUGGGGUUUGACGCGUCAGUUCUCACAGAUACCAUUACUGGAGAAAAUGUGCAUCGAUCUGAUGCCAGCAGCGCCAUGGUGCAGCCUCAAGCUCCAAAAUCUCCUUACCAAGGCUGCAGUGCAGAUGCUGUUCCAGAGAGUCCUGGCCCAGAUAUGCCAAACCAGCCCAGUGGAAUGACAGCCGAAAAGUGUUUUUUACAAAUCACAGGCAUGACCUGUGCAUCAUGUGUGUCUACUAUUGAAAGAAAUCUGCAGAAAGAAGACGGUAUUGUUUCAGUGCUGGUAGCACUGAUGGCAGGUAAAGCAGAGAUAAAAUACAAGCCAGAGUUCAUACAGCCUCUUGAAAUAGCACAGCUGAUUCAGAAUUUGGGUUUCGAAGCUACUGUCAUAGAAGAUCAUACUGAAACAGAAGGAAGUGUGGAGCUUCUUAUUACGGGGAUGACUUGUGCUUCUUGCGUUCACAACAUUGAAUCCAGACUUAUGAGAACUAAUGGCAUAUUUUAUGCCUCGGUUGCCCUUGCUACUUGCAAAGCUCACAUCCAGUUUGAUCCUGAAAUUACUGGACCUCGAGAUAUUAUAAAAAUAAUUGAGGAAAUUGGCUUUCAUGCUUCCUUGGCUAGAAGAGUACCUAAUGCACAUAACUUGGAUCAUAAAAAGGAAAUUCAGCAGUGGAGGAAAUCUUUCUUGUGCAGCCUAGUGUUUGGUAUCCCUGUCUUAAUCCUAAUGAUUUAUAUGCUAAUACCUGAUGGCGAGCACCACGGAUCUAUGGUGCUGGAACAGAAUCUCAUUCCUGGAUUAUCUGUUUUAAAUCUUCUCUUCUUUGUCCUGUGCACUUUUGUUCAGUUUCUUGGUGGAUGGUACUUCUACGUACAAGCUUACAAAUCACUGAAGCACAGGACAGCCAAUAUGGAUGUGCUGAUUGUACUGGCCACGACUAUUGCUUAUGUGUAUUCAUGUGUGAUCCUGAUGGUAGCGAUAGCUGAAAAGGCGGAGAAAAGCCCUAUCACUUUCUUUGACACACCUCCAAUGCUGUUUGUAUUCAUUGCCCUUGGGAGAUGGCUGGAACACAUAGCAAAGAGUAAGACCUCAGAAGCUCUUGCUAAGCUGAUAUCUCUUCAAGCCACAGAAGCAACUGUGGUGACUCUUGGACCUGACCACUCUAUCGUCAGGGAAGAGCAGGUAGCUGUUGAAUUAGUUCAACGAGGUGAUAUCGUAAAGGUUGUUCCUGGUGGAAAGUUCCCAGUGGAUGGAAAAGUCAUUGAAGGCAAUUCUAUGGCAGAUGAGUCUCUUAUUACGGGGGAAGCUAUGCCAGUCACUAAAAAGCCUGGGAGCACAGUGAUUGCUGGUUCUAUAAAUGCACAUGGCUCAGUUCUUGUUAAUGCAACUCAUGUUGGGAAUGACACUACCCUGUCACAAAUUGUGAAAUUGGUGGAAGAAGCUCAAAUGUCAAAGGCACCCAUCCAGCAACUGGCAGAUAAGUUUAGUGGAUAUUUUGUUCCAUUUAUCAUCAUCAUUUCAACAGUGACAUUGAUAGUAUGGAUCACAAUUGGUUUUAUAAAUUUCGAUAUUAUUCAGAAAUAUUUUCCAAAUCAGAACAAACACAUUUCAAAAGCUGAAGUCAUACUGCGGUUUGCAUUUCAGACCUCAAUCACUGUGCUGAGCAUUGCGUGCCCCUGUUCUUUAGGCUUGGCUACCCCUACGGCUGUGAUGGUAGGCACGGGAGUUGCAGCACAGAAUGGUAUUCUCAUCAAAGGCGGAAAACCCCUGGAAAUGGCACACAAGAUCAAGACUGUGAUGUUUGAUAAAACUGGGACCAUCACCUGCGGAGUUCCUAAAGUCAUGCGGGUGCUCUUGAUGGGAGAGACAGCUCUGCUGCCUCUGAAGAAGGUACUAGCCGUGGUUGGCACUGCAGAAGCCAGCAGUGAACAUCCUUUAGGAGUGGCAGUCACUAAAUAUUGCAAAGAGGAGCUGGGCACUCAGAGCCUGGGCUACUGCACAGAUUUUCAGGCAGUCCCAGGCUGUGGAAUCAGCUGCAAAGUCGGUGGCAUUGAAGCUGUCCUGGGCAUGGCCGAGGAGUGCCUCGAUAAACAGGACGCUAACAGGAGCGGGGACGGCCGCGAUCCCCUGGGAGAUAACACUCUGAUCAUGCUCUCUGAAUCAAAUGACAAAGGUCCAUCAGCUUCUCAGACAUACUCGGUGUUGAUUGGAAAUCGUGAGUGGAUGCGACGCAAUGGCUUGCAUAUUGCAAAUGAUGUUAACGAUGCAAUGACAGACCAUGAAACCAAAGGACAGACUGCCAUACUAGUGGCUAUAGAUGGUGCUUUGUGUGGCAUGAUCGCAAUAGCCGAUACCGUCAAGCAGGAGGCAGCCCUUGCUGUGCACACGCUGAAAAACAUGGGAAUAGAUGUGGUGCUGAUAACAGGGGACAACAGAAAAACUGCAAAAGCUAUUGCUACUCAGGUUGGGAUCAAAAAAGUCUUUGCUGAGGUCCUUCCUUCUCACAAGGUUGCAAAGGUCCAGGAACUCCAAAAUGAGAGGAAGAAGGUUGCGAUGGUUGGUGAUGGAGUCAAUGAUUCCCCUGCGCUAGCCAGGGCUGACAUUGGAAUUGCAAUUGGAACAGGCACUGAUGUUGCCAUUGAAGCAGCAGAUGUUGUUCUUAUCCGAAAUGACUUACUGGAUGUAGUUGCCAGUAUUCACUUAUCAAAGAGAACAGUACGAAGAAUACGCAUAAAUCUGAUUCUUGCCUUAAUUUAUAAUCUGCUUGGAAUACCCAUAGCAGCAGGUGUGUUCAUGCCUGUUGGCCUUGUGCUUCAGCCUUGGAUGGGGUCAGCUGCAAUGGCAGCUUCUUCAGUGUCUGUAGUGCUAUCUUCCCUGCAGCUGAAAUGUUACAAGAAGCCAGAUGCAGAAAGUUAUGAAGCACAAGCUCAAGGCCGCAUGAAGCCACUUACUCCUUCCCAAAUCAGUGUUCAUAUUGGAAUGGAUGAUAGGAGGAGGGAUUCAUCCAGAACGGCUCCUUGGGAUCAGAUUAGUCAAGUGUCUCUCUCUUCCUUGACUUCAGACAAGCUGCCAAGACAUAACGAUUUUGUAGAGGAGGAAGGUGACAAAUGGUCAUUACUCAUGAAUGAAGAUGAAGAACAGUACAUCUGAAGCAUUGUAUUCUUAGCAGAACAGAAACCAUUCUUACCCGUCAGUGACAGGAAGGACUGAGUUAUGCCAUCAAGAAUUUCAAGCUGUAGGAGAAGUCAUUCUUUCAACUCGCACAACAAUUGCUACUCAGUUCAAUGUUGGGUUGAAUGGAUUGUGGUUUUUCAGGUCACUGGUUACUUCUAGUCUUUGACAGGAUCUGAGGCUCUAAAAUGAACUGGCUCCUUUGCACACAGAAAAUAGCAAAAUAAUGUAAAAUUCUAACUGUCAGAGUCUAAUAGAAUUUCUCUAUAUUGGACUGUUUGCUGAGCACCAAAUUUCGUUCUUUUCUUGCUUACUAUCUAUUCUUUCAAGAGCACAUAUAGCAAGAGUAUUUUCAGAUCUGCCAAAUGGUGAUUUCUGUGUCAAAGUGAAAACAUCCAUGGCAUAAGGAGCUCUAUGGCUGGAAGCUGUAUUUUUACACAGAAUACUAACUAGGCACGUCAUUGUCGGAGCACUUGGGAGCACUUUAUAUUUAGGAUUUGUGUGCAUCUUCUUGGACCAAAAAUGUUUCAACGUUUAACUGACUAUAACUUUCUGAAAGUUCUCUUCCGCAGAUUUUCACUUGCUUUCAACUAUCACGUUCUUCUGAUGCACAUUUCCAUUGCUGAACUUGUUUUGUGAUUCCCAUUGCUCUCCUCGUUUUUUUUUUCUUUUUUUUCUGUCUUCCCACAAGAUUUUUUCUUUGACUUAUUAUGUUUACAGAUAUUCCUGUUUGGGAUAAGAUCCUUUAAGUCACUAGGAACUUUUCAGUUCCUGCUGCAAUCUCUAAAGGGCAGAGCUAUUACUUGUUCAAGUUGGCUAUGAUUUUUCUCUGGAUGCCUUGCAGAAUCCCUUGAAGUUCCUGAUAAAGGGACAGUUUCUUCGCUUUAGCAGAGUGAAGUAUUUAUGCUAGUGGAAAUGAUGAUAGUACUUACUAUGAUGCACCCAAGAACAGAACUAAGCCUAGUGCUGAUGUGACUUCAGCAUGGCUAGUUGAAGUAAGUUUAUUGUAUAAGUUAACCCCAACUUGCUUAUUGCUUAAAAUGGAACCAAAAGGUUAAAUGGGAAUGGUGAAAAAAUGGCUUGAAAGGGUAGGGCUUCUAUUUGUUAUGGUGUGAAUAAUUCUUUCUGAUGAUAGAGCUUGAACUAAGGCUUGAACUAAGGACGUGAAGUAAGAAGAUUUGUGGUAACUUGAAUUUUAAUACAAGUGGGUAUUAAUGUCUUUAAUUGAUUUUAAUUUCCCUCUUUAUUCUAAUUUAAUGAGAAAGCAAGGGGAUAGGCAACUCUUUUUCUCACUUUAAUGUCUUUACUAAAGCUUUCCAUAAUUUUAUCUUCCUGAAUGUCGAAUUCAUCCCUUAACGCUUAUCUUUAGAGUCUGGACUGUAGAGAUCACCGCUUCAGCGCCCUGAAUCUGGUCCUGGGGUGAAGUGCUGCUGAGCUGAGGGGCUCAGAAGUCACCAAACCAGAGUUUUAUAGUCUGAUCUGGAAGUUGACAUUAGUGCACUGAGCAAGGUGAAACAGCCACUUAAUUCCACAGACUUAAAUCUAAAACUGUUUCCAACAGGAGUUCAAAUCUUGCUCCUCCUAAUGUAAAAAUGAACAGCAAGUUAGAAAGGAAAAGAGUUGUGCUUAAAGCAUUAGGCAGGUCUUACUAUUCUCUCUUCCUCUUAAUAUUAUAUUUGAGCUUUCCUUAGAAAACAUCCACAGCAUUGGCUUAAAUAUAAUUACAAUUCAAUUUUAAAGCUGUAAAACCUUUUUGUGUGUGUAGCGAUUACUUUCAAAGCGCAUGGACUUUUAAAACAUGCCUUAGGUGCCUAGAUAUGGCUCCACAGAGAAGAUGGUCUACUGUUUCACUUUUUUGUAUGUUUUCUUAUGGGUGCUUACAUAAAACUAUUAUGUUUUUUAAAAAAUA